AAGCGGUAUCGUGGAGGGGGGCUGCCAGCUCGCGAGAUAGCGUUGCCUAUCUGUUGCAUAGUAGCUAGCGUAGCGGGGCCCAUCGCGACUAGCAUACGCAGGUGUGGCCACAAAAAUAGUCGGCCACAGCCUCUUACUCACGACCCUCUUCACCUUCACGCUGCCUCGUGAGAAGCUUUGUACCCAGCCGAGACUGAGGUGUGCGGAGGCAGGGAGGGCAAGUCGAGUGUUGCUGCUAGUAGAAGCUAUAAUGGACGUCGUUGCUCCUGAGCCUCGCUCACAGCUGCCUUCCUGAAUCCCUGGCCUCUGUAUACAUUUCUUGAAGUCGUUCCGCUCCACUGUAACAUCCAGUCACCAAUGGACACAUCCGAUCUCUCUUAUCUUCUCGAUCUCAUAGAGUCUGCGAGCCGUCCGAGUGCUACCGCACUGACGACAACGACGAGACCGCAAAAUCGCCAAGAGACAACCCAGGGAUCUUCUGGGCGCACUAUCCGUCCCCGAAGACGUCGGCCUGUGGGAGGAUACGCCUCUCUGAUAGCACAAAACCUCCUCUCCGCCCCAAACCAUUGUCUGAUGCUGCGACAAAUUUAUUACAGGCUCAAUAACUUGCACUCGGUCGAAUUCCCUCUGCGUGGACCUAGUUCCCAGAGUUGGAAGAAUACCGUCAGACAUACCCUGAGCCGCUAUUCUUGCUUUGUCAAUGUCACCGGGACUUGGACCAUCAAUUUCUCGGCGAAUGUCAGUGGGCUCUGUCUCAUCCAGCACAAUACCGGGGCAAUCACCGACUGCUCUGCCGACAUCAAUGGACUCUUUCCCGAAUACUACAACAAUGCCGCCAGCCCCUACGUGGCCUCUGAUAUGGACAACAACACCAGCUCCUAUCAUCAGCAGCACCAGCGCCAGCAUCCCAACUCCAUUUCCGCUCGUGAACCACCUAUGGCAGGGUGGGCCUACUGACCACCGUCGACAGCUGCCGCCAGAGUGCGAACACAGUCGUCAGCCAAUGUCUAGCAGUGCGUACCAGCUCAACGGUAUCAACGAGUAUCUACAGCACCCGACAAUAAUCCACAUAUCUUGUAUAGAGGCAGCGAAGAUCUGUUCCACUUCAGACCAGAAAGUACCGUACAUUGGAUAGAAUAUAUAUACCCCUACUUUGAGUCAGCCCAUUCCGACUGCGUCGCCGCUUGCGAUCUGGUGUCCACAAGACGCUACCUCAGAUAGCAUUCAGAGGGAGCUAGACAUAGAAUCACUGUACGCUACCGUCGAUGACGAGACAGCACUUCUUUAGGAGGAGUGAGCCUGAGACUGAGAUUGUAAGACUUACUCCCCUCAAUCGCUUGUCGCUUGACUAUAAUCAGACUGGACUUUGCACG